AUUACAGGCAGGCAACGCAAGUUUAAUCCUGAGACUAGGUCCGUUUGAAAUUAAAAGCUUCUUAAUUUACACCAAAUCGACUUUUGUAAUUUAUUUUGUCCAAAUCUCGUUUGGUUCUUCUCUUCCUACCAAACUCUCUCUUCAUUUUAAAUCAGGACAGCGACUCCACAGACAAACGCUCAACACUUUAGCUGAAGAGGGAGAAAACGGUAACAAAUAGAGAAGUUGAAGCUUCACCAUUCUCAAUCCUUCGUCGACCAACGAAGUCAUAAGAAAGGGAGACUAGAUCGGAAAGUGGAGACUCGUUUGAUUUCGCCUGAUGAGUAAGAAUUCUAGCUUGGGGUAGGCGCCAAGGUGACCACUGAACAAAAGCUGACCUCUCUAGCAACCUUCAGUGGGAGCAACCGGUGGAGGAGGCAACGACGGCGUUGACGAUCGAGUGAAUUGCCACUAUGCAGCGAAUUCCUGUGACAGUUGAGGAACAGCUUAUUUUAAAAGCAAUAAAAGAGGAAUGCCCAUGGGAGAAUCUCUCCAAGAGGCUUCAAGCAACUCUCACUUCUAAAGAAGAAUGGCACAGAAGAAUAGUUGAACACUGUAUAAAGAAAAGACAACAAUGGAACACCUCUUUUGCUCGCAAAGUGUGCAGAGAAGGUGAAUAUUAUGAAGACAUGAUGCGCUACUUGAGAAAGAAUCUAGCGCUGUUCCCUUAUCACCUUGCUGAGUACGUUUGCCGAGUGAUGAGGGUAUCACCUUUUAGAUAUUACUGUGACAUGAUAUUCGAGGUCAUGAAAAAUGAGAAACCAUAUGAUAGCAUCCCGAAUUUUAGUGCUGCAGAUGCCUUACGGCUUACUGGAAUUGGGAGAAAUGAAUUUAUCGAUAUCAUGAACAAGUGCAGAUCUAAGAAAAUUAUGUGGAAGCUAAAUAAGUCCAUUGCAAAAGAACUUUUACCUACACAACCUGUGGACUUUGCAAUUGAACCAUGGUGGGGAGUCUGUCUUGUCAACUUUACCUUGGAAGAAUUUAAGUUUCCAGGCUUGAAGGGUUUGUUUCAAAUAGGGAUCAGUCUUAUGAGGAUCCUAUCGAGGAGUUGCUCUAUGCAGUUUUUGUUGUUUCAAGUGAGAAUGCUACUGUUGCUGAACUGGCAACAACUUUGCAGGCUGACCUUUCUCAAUUGCAGGCUGCUGCAUCCUUUGCUUGUCGACUUGGGUGGGCUGUAAAAUUGAUUGAUCCAGGAUCCAUUCUUCAAGAUACAAGUAUACCUGGCUCUCCUAAAAUCGCUCUAAGCGAUGAAGAAGAUGCUGCUUAUGCUAGUAUAAGCUCAAAUGUGUUCAAUGAUGGCGAUGUUGCUCAGCAAGAAGAUAUUUCAGGAAUUGAAAACUAUGGGCUGCAUUCCGGCCAUGCUCGUGUUGCUUUUAUUGUUGAUGCUAAUAUAACUUCAUAUCUUAUGAUGGGAUCAGUUUCA